CCCCUUUCGCAGUUGCCGUAGAACUAGACGUGCGCAUGCGCAUUUUACAGCCCAACAAUGGCGUCCUGCUUUGGGAUGUGUAGGUUACAUGUGAAUAGAGCAGAAAGGUUCGCCAAACUGGGCCAAAAGGCAGAUUUACGAGCCCGGCAAAUUCUCACUGGAUGCGCCUUUGCAACUAAAGCACAAACGGUCAAAAAAACACUCCAAGCGAGUACAGCAGCAGCAGGGAAGGAAUCGUUUUCUGCUAUUCAAGAGGAAAGACGAGAACAAGCAGAGAGGUCGGUCCUAAUCAGCUGCCCUCCGAACAUCAAUCAGAAAAGGUUCUUAGACUACAUCUCCAAACACGGGAACAUACAGAACCAUUUCUUCUAUCAGUCUUAUGGUAUUUAUGCUGUGGUGGAAUUCUCUUCAAAGGACAGCAUCGCUGCACUGAAAGCAAACUGCACCAUACCAUAUGUCCAACAUGAAGCAGCUGUGCCUUUCAAAUCUCGUCUUAUUUCACUGAAAUGGACGGGGCAAGGCAGCCAGGCAAAUGCCUCGAACACGCUAAAGCUUCAAAAGCAUUUACCUAUUGCUAUCAAUGAGCUUACUCAACAUCUCUCCAAACAAGAGAGUAUAGAUCAGCAGCUGCAGUGUCUGACUGAUCUAUAUCAGCUGACAGAGGAAAACAUCUCUUUACGCUUUUUGGUCUGUUCGCUGCUCAGAGACAUCGCUGCUGCCUAUUUCCCAGAAUGCAUCAUCAGGCCUUUCGGCUCCACUGUGAACAGCUUCGGAAAACUGGGAUGUGACCUUGACAUGUUCCUGGACCUAGAUGGCAUUAGUGGGCAAAACAAGAAGAAGGGUCCUGGUCUGUCUCUUGAGUACCAUGUAAAACAGGGAACAUCAGAGCGUACAGUUACUCAAAGUGUCCUGUCUGUUAUUGGAGAGUGUGUGGACCAGUUUGGCCCAGGCUGUGUGGGCGUUCAGAAAAUUCUCAACGCUCGCUGCCCCCUUGUCCGAUUCGCUCACCAACCUUCAGGGUUUCAGUGUGACCUCACUGCAAAUAACAGGGUGGCAAUGAAGAGCUCAGAGUUGCUGUUUGUGUUCGGGAAAUUGGAUGUACGUGUGCGACAUUUGGUGUUUGCGAUCCGAUGCUGGGCUCGUGUGCAUGGCAUCACUAGCAGCAUUCCUGGUGCCUGGAUCACCAACUUCUCCCUUACAGUCCUUGUGCUGUUCUUCCUCCAGCGCAGAAAGCAGCCAUUACUGCCCACGCUGGACCAUCUCAGAGACCUGGCUGACCCUUCAGAUCAGUGUAUUAUUGAGGGGAAUGACUGCACGAUCGUCAGCGACCUGAGCAAAAUUACACUGCAGAAAAAUACAGAUACAUUAGAGAAACUGCUGCAGGAGUUCUUUGAGUUUUAUGGCAAUUUUGCCUUCAGUUCAAUGUCCAUCAACAUAAGGAAGGGAAAAGAGCAGAACAAGCCUGAGUCCAGCCCUUUGCACAUCCAGAACCCAUUCGAAACAAGUCUAAACGUUAGCAAAAACGUGAACACGACACAGCUGGAGCGAUUUGUGGCACUGUGCCGUGAGAGCGCCUGGCUCCUUGAGCAAAAGGAAGUGCUUACACGAAGUGCUGCUCAGUCAGCAGACGUAAUCCCACCUUGGGGACUGACUGCACUCUUGUUGCCUUCGGUCGCUCAGUCUGCAGGGGUGAAGGGGCGCAGGAAGAAGAAGCACCAUCCAGCGAGCGAGAGGAUAAAGACUUUGCUGGAGUCACUGAAGGGCAACAGUGGAGGAGCAGGUGCGAAACAGAAUGCUGCUAAUGGUCACCACUAGGGGGUAGCAUUUUUCUGACUCGUUGCAUUUGUAACAACUGAGAAUGUUCCACAAACUUGGAACUUCAAACCAAGUCGUGCUUAGUUCAGCUGAGUCAGCCUGUGGUGAAUCCCGCCCGGAGAUUCAACUCCACUGUCUGACUGUUUUAAGCAACCUGGCCUACUAGAACCACAAUAACAAAACACCACCACCGCAUCCACAAAAGACCUACAGUGUUUCCAUUAAGGUAUUGUGGGAUAUUUUAGGUUUGUGUAAACAGAAAGCCUGAGAGCUUGUUGUUCCUUUCACUAAGAUGAAUAGCUGACAGUGGAGAUUCACUGUGUUCAGAUUAAAGGGAUUAUGGUACUGUAAUGAAUUAUACAGACGGCAUUGUGGUACACAGCCGUCUGGCUUCUGAAUGAAUGUUUUCUCUGUGGUGAUGUGACUUCAUCGUCCAAACAGAGAGACAUUUAAAUUCAGCCUAUAUGAAUAUAUAAUUAACUGUUUUAUAUGACGAUUAAAUAACUUAACAAAAUGUG